CCUAAAACUUAACAUACUUAACAUAAAGAUAUUUACAAACACUUUCAAAAAAGUGAUGUGUGUGGAGCACCUGUGUACAUAAUGGAGCCAAAGCUCACCUGGUGGAUACUUUCUUGUCUGAUCAGUCAGGUGCAUUUAGACCUCUCAGUGCAAGAAAUUUCACUCCUGGAUACAGAUAAGAACCCAAAAUGUUUUACCUGGGAUUUAGAAAGCUUCACUUGCUUUUGGGAAUCAACAGUGGGAAAAUCAUUUUAUUUUCUCUACAAAUUUGAGGGCUCUGAAGAAGAAAGAAGGUGUGAUGUGAAACAACAGCUUUUAAAGAACGAAGAGGUCCUAAAUGUUUGCGACUUCCCACCUAGCGAUGUGUUACUGUUCAUCGAGACACAGAUAAGAGUUAUAGAUAUUGACACCAGCUCAACCGUCUACAACCGCAAUGUCAGUGUGGAAAUCCAACUUCUUCUGUAUCCUCCCUCAAAUAUAACGCUCCGCCCGACUGGAGAGGUUGGGCAGAUGUUAGUUGAAUGGAAACCACCAAAACAAUUGUGGGAAAAGGCACAAUAUGAAAUUCGUUAUCAUUCUAAAACAAAACAGAAAAGCAAAGAACUGGUGUCAGGGUCGUCUCAUAAGCUCACCUCUUUGGUUCCAGGAGAAAACUGCACAAUGCAAAUGAGAGUCAGGAUUGUAAAAGGGUUUUGGAGUGAUUGGUCAAGUAAUGUAACUGCUAUGGUUCCACAAUCUUCAGAUGACAUACAAUUGUGGUGCCACACUGCUGAUCUGAACCAAUUAUUAUGCGAAUGGAGUACAGAAAUAUAUGAGGGCAGAUACAACCUACAUUACAGGCAAACAAACAGAAGUUCGUGGGGCAGUUGGAAGGUGUGUUCAGAAGAGCACAACACUGUCAGUCAGUGUGUGCUGUAUGGUGAAGAGUCCACUGUCUAUAAGAUUUAUCUCAGCACUGGUUUAGAACAAUUUGGUCGAACCUUUUACAUGAAGACGUUCAGUAUGAACAGCACCAUCCAAACAGAGCCUCCAAGAAGACUGUGGGCACAAACUGAAGGAGGAAGGCUUUGUUUAAAUUGGGAUCCACCCCUAAUGAUGAUUUCUCAAUAUCUAAUGUACCAGAUCCAGUAUAAACUUCAAGGAGACAAUGGGUGGAAGAUUUUCACAGUCCCCAGUUCCAAGAUCAGCACAUGUUUGGAUGUCCAACAGGGAAGUGAAUACACCAUCCAGGUCAAAGCACGGCCUGAUGGAUCGAUCUAUAGUGGAUACUGGAGUGACUGGACGGAACCUCUCACUGUCCACUUACCUUCAGGCAAAGAUUGGAUCUUCAUCAUCUGCCUACCACUGGCUUUACUUAUCAUGGCUUUUGCAAGCAUCUCCUUGUUCUCCAGAUAUUUCAGUAAGGUCAAGCAGACUCUGUGGCCAUCAGUCCCGAACCUGAACAAGGUGUUAGAGAGCAUCCUGACAGAUUUCAAUGGAUCACACUGGGAGCCAACAAUCAACAUCAAGCAAUGUGAAGAUGACACUUAUACAUCAGUGGUGGAGAUUCUAUCAGAAGCUGUGGUUGCAGGAAAACCAUGUAAGGUAUCCACCUGUCUUUCAGUCCCUGAGCAGGCCUUCUUGGUUGGUGAAAAGGAGAGUUUUGUGGAGGAUUUGGAGAUUGCACAAGAUUACGUACUUUUAAAAAACAACGAUACAAUCCCAUGCUUUAAAGGGAAUAACUAUGUGUACAGAGAUCUUGCUUUUUCUCAUUUGACUGUUGAAAAACUCAACUGCAGCCGCUCUCUAGAAACCACCACCAAUAUUCUUAACCAUUCAUAUCUCCUUCUGUCUGAACAACCUGAGCUUCAAGAACAUCAUUCAGCCCGUCGCUAUACAAACUUGGAGAUAACAGCGAGAGCCUGUAUAACAAAUGGAGAGUAAGGGUUUAAUCGGUCAUAACUAAGCCUUCUUAAGAUAAGAUGUACAUUGUAUCUUAAGUGUUCUGGGUUAGCCCACACAAAUAAAAAAACUCAGCUUUUGCAGAUGGCAGUGAAAGCCUGAGAUAAGUUUGUCUUGUGUAUCUUGAAUUACAGAUGAGGUUGACCAAAUGGAACACUGCUAUAGCAGUAGUAGGUCAAUGUUGUGUAAAGAUGUGGGAACAUUUGCGUAAUGUGUGAAACAGCUAACUUUAAAAUCAUAUGGCUUGCAAAGACAUAUUGAACAGCAGAGAUCUACUUGGACAUCAAUAACAGUCCAAAGUAAUAGCAUGCUCUUAAAAGAAACAUUUAAUGACUGUAGAUGUGUUUUACGUCAUUUUUACAGAGUAUCAAGUCAAAAUUAUUUUCUGUUACCAGAGAGUGUGUGGGGCCUUAUUUAUAAAGUGUUAAGGGACCCAAACAAGUUCACCCCAAUCCCCCCCCCCCCCCAUUGA